AUGCGCAGCCCGCUUCUUCGCAACAUUACUCUCGACGUCGAGGUCCCACCGAAUGACGACGUGAUACCCUCCACAGAUUUGGGUGCUCUAAUCUCUAAACAACACUGGCCCAAAUUGGAAUUUAUGUCCUUGCAUGGCAUCCCGCUCCGUCUCGAAGACCUGGCUCUGUUUGCCAAACGGUUGCUGCACGAACCAUCAUCCCAUGCACCCCUCAUAGCGCUGAACCUCGACUCUGUUUAUCUCAUGAGCAGUACGUGGAUGGAUGCCCUGGAAGUACUGCGUUCAAAUCCAAGGGGGUGGUCCCCUACGUCCCAAGUGCAGCGACCCCGAGGGGCAGCGCCGAUUACGGAGGAAGAGAUGGAAACCUUCAGGUGUCCUAAGCACUUGGGCGUAUGGUACACCUCACCAGCAUCACUGUACAUCAAGGGCUUUCUGAAGCGCAACCCUCUCCUAUCUCCGGAGGAUUUGGAGAACCUUCUGGAGGAGGCGAACAUUGCUCCGCAGGAUGCUUUAUCGAACGUUGAUUUUUGGUUGAUGCAUACGGUACGAUGA